AGGCUCUGCGCUGAAUCGGCACAAACCAUUCUCACUUCUUACCGCGGUGGGGAGGUCGGAGAUAAUUUUUUCCCAUGAAAGAACAUACGUUGCCCGUCUCCUUCCCCGAGGAAUGAAAUAAGAAUUUCGUUCCUGUGUUUGCGUGAGCUGUGGCACCAGCAGGGACUCGGGCCUCCGGACCUCCCUCCUGCACGGGAGCCUCACACUGGGUCUCCCCCGGGGCUGCGUUGGUGCCGUCCGGCCCGGUCACGUGAGCGGCAAGAUGACGGCCCCCAGACAGAACUGCGCGUGUGGCUGCUGGUGAAGCGGUGGUCGCGGCGGCGCCUGCGGGAACGGGCCGGGCCGAGGGGCCCUGAAUCUCCGGAGCUCGAUUCCUAUACCACCGUGUACCCAGGUUUAGCCCGGGCUGUGGAAGGCCGGGGCCCACUGACAGCACGAUGGUGACGGAGCAGGAGGUGGAGGCCAUUGGGCGGAUGCUGGUGGACCCCAGGCAACCCCUGCACGCCCGCUUCCGGGCGCUGUUCACACUGCGGGGGCUUGGCGGCCCGGGUGCCAUCGCCUGGAUCAGCCAGGCCUUCGGUGACGAUUCCGCCCUGCUCAAGCACGAACUGGCCUACUGCCUGGGCCAGAUGCAGGAUGCCCGCGCCAUCCCCGUGCUGGUGGCCGUGCUACAAGACACCCGUCAGGAGCCCAUGGUGCGCCAUGAGGCAGGGGAGGCCCUGGGGGCCAUCGGGGACCCCCAAGUUCUGGAGCUCCUGAAGCAGUAUUCGUCGGACCCCGUCAUCGAGGUGGCCGAGACCUGCCAGCUGGCCGUGCGUAGGCUGGAGUGGCUGCAGCAGCACGGUGGGGAGCCAGCGGCGGGACCCUACCUCUCCGUGGACCCCGCCCCACCGGCCGAGGAGCGCGACGUGGGGCGCCUGCGGGAGGCGCUGCUGGAUGAGUCUCGGCCGCUGUUUGAGCGAUACCGCGCCAUGUUCGCCCUGCGCAAUGCGGGAGGCGAGGCGGCCGCCCUGGCGCUGGCCGAGGGCCUGCGCUGUGGGAGCGCCCUUUUCCGCCAUGAGGUCGGCUAUGUCCUGGGACAGCUGCAGCACGAGGCGGCAGUGCCUCAACUGGCAGCCGCCCUGGCCCGCCACGCCGAGAACCCCAUGGUGCGGCAUGAGUGUGCCGAGGCCCUGGGCGCCAUUGCCCGGCCCUCCUGCCUGGCCGCACUGCAGGCCCACACGGGCGACCCUGAGCGCGUGGUGCGCGAGAGCUGCGAGGUGGCUCUGGACAUGUACGAGCACGAGACUGGGCUGGCCUUCCAGUACGCCGACGGCCUGGAGCAGCUGCGUGGGGCCCCCUCCGAGGCCUCUACCCCCACCCUGGGCUCCCAGAGGACUCUUGAGGGCCGCUCCUCCCCGUAGGGCUGGGAGGGCUUUGGUGUCUAAACCGGCUGUGUGUGAAUCAGGUGUCAUCAUGUGUCUUGCUGGGCACAGGGCUGCUGUCCCCUCCCUCCUUCUGGGACUCCCUGAAUCCCCUGGCAGCUCCCGGGGUCCUAGCGCAGGGCUGCAGUGUGCAAGUUUCCAGGCUCAGAGGUGAUUGCGGGAGGCUGAGAUGCCAGGCUCGGUACAGGGUGUCUUAGGAGGGAGGAUUUUGAGGGAAGGCAGGGGCAGAGCCGGGGCUCUUGGAAGAGGCUGGCGUUAGUUACGGUGGCUCCAGCUUCACUAGGAAUGCGGCACAGGGUCUGGGGGUCUCUGACCCCCCCCAAGGCCUGGGCAGGGAUGGGGUGCUGGUCCCUGAGUGGGUCAGGCAGGGCACAGGGGCCAGGGAGGGACGACACCCCAGAGUGCUGCCCAGAUGAAGUAUUAAAUUAUUUUUGCCAAGCA